UUUGCUCAGUUGUGCACGGCCCACUGUAGCUAUAGUUGGCUGAGUGGAAAGUGUCGGAAAAGUCGCUCAGCCCUAGCUGUUUUCUAGAAAGCAGAGAGUGAGAUCGAACGUAUACGUAAUACGUCCACCUUGCGUAUACGCAACAUAAUGCUCAGCCGUAGUGAGUGCGAGAAAAUAUUGAAAAAUGUACACAACAGUGCCGGAAAGGAGAAAUUAUUGGACUAUCACUUGGCUAGAGAUCUCAGUGCGAUCGGUUAUCUUGGGGACUACUAUUCACUGACUCUAAGAUAUUGCUAUGAGGCCGAUGAAGGCGCAAGAGAAAUUCAACUUUUUGUUAAAGCUAUGCCCCAGCAAAGUGCGGAAGUGUCUAAGGAGGAAAUUUUUCAAAAAGAGUCUUGGCUUUACGAGAAUCUUAUAAGAAAAAUGCAAAAAUGUUCCACCAUAAAAUGGAGCCCUGACUGUGUUUACACUCGGAAUGAUUUAAUAGUUCUAGAGGACAUUAGACUGAAGGGUUUCAGAUCAGCUGGUUCGGCAGAGUUUAAUGAGGUUUUCAUGGAACAAUUGAUCAAAUCAAUGGCAGCCUUUCAUGCUGCUGGUUUGGUACAUGAACAUCAAACUAAAACCAAUAUAGGUCAGGCCUAUGGUGAUCGUUUGCUAGAGAUCACCGUGGGCUCUGAUAUAGCCUGGUUCACCACAGGACUUUCGGCUGUCCUCGCUGCUGUUCGAAGUCUUCCCCAGUAUCAGGAAAAUAGGGAACUAUCUUUUAUAGACAACAAACUUUGGACCAUAAUGGAGGAGAUCUAUGAGCAGGCUGCACCUUCGAAAAAGUUCAAGAAUGUCCUUUGCCAUCGUGACCUUUGGGCAGGUAAUAUUUUCUUUCCCUCGGAAAAUACCGGACCCGCUUUGCUAAUUGAUUUUCAGACCUGUCGCUACACUCCCCCAGCAUCAGACCUUAAUUUCUGUCUUCACAUGAAUUUGAGUUCAAAGAAUCGAAAGCAAGUGGAAGGGAAGUGCAUUGACUUGUAUCACAAACUCUUGCUGGAGAAUCUUUCGGAGCUUGACCUUGGGAAUCUAGCGAUUUCCAAAUCAGAACUGAUUGAAUCCUACGAAGAAUUUCGUUUGUUUGGAGUGGUCUACAGAGCUGUAGCUGCUACGGUUGUAAAGGUUCCCAUCGAGUUUGUUACAAAUGAUUUCAAGUAUGUGGAUCGCAGCCGAGUGAUCCUCUCUUAUAUGAAAACGAAUGAAGAGUUUGGCACCUACAUGCAGGAGUGUUGUGUGGAUGUCAUGGAAGUGGCCUUGGCCAGGGCAAAAAAGUGAAGAAAUCUUGCUGAUAAGGAUCACGUUUUAAGUUGAUAAGCAGAGGUUGUAAAUAAAAAAAAUUAAAUUUUCUAAACGAAACGUAAAUACUCUUUUUUAUAAUAAAUGUUUUGUUAUCUUCAAAGGUAACUAUAAUAA